UUUGUUGAAAGUGAUUGUGAUGAGGAAUUGCUGUUUAAUAUACCAUUUACUGGCAAUGUGAAACUAAAGGGGAUUAUUGUAAUCGGUGGUGAAGAUGAAACUCACCCUUCAGCUAUGAAGCUAUACAAAAAUAGACCACACAUGACAUUUGAUGAUGUUACUGUAGCACCAGAUCAAGAGUUUGAGAUGCAGCCAGACUAUGAAGGUGUUUUGGAAUAUGCAACAAAGCCUGUAAAGUUUUCAAGUACAACUCACCUAUCGAUCUACUUUCCAAAAAACUUUGGUGCCGACACGACGAAAGUUUAUUACAUGGGCUUGAGGGGGGAAUUCACACAGGCACACCGCCAUGAAGUGACGAUAUGUUCAUAUGAAGCACGUGCCAACCCAUCUGAUCAUAAGACAAACUUAUUUGAAGAGUCACAGCACAGCAUUGGUGGAUUGUAGAGAUGCAUGAAGCCAGUAACUAUUGUCACUCCUUGCUGCAAACAUUGCUUGAAACAUUUAUAAUACUGCUGUGAACGUGUCUAUUGUCAGUAAUGAGCUGUUACCAUUCUUAUUUCUUGACAGAUAUGCAAGUUAAAGUAGGCAAGGAGUCAGCAAGAAUGGUUUGCUUGAAUGGUGCAAUGGCAUGUUGUUGUUGUUUUAUUUUUACUGUACAUACGUAAGAACUGUCUUUGUAUGAUAUGAGUUGAGGGGGUUGGUUUAUGUAAUGCCAUGAACUUCAUGCAAAAUAAUAUAGACUAGAUUCUUUAAAAUGAAUAAACCUCGCAACAAAAAGCUUAUAUACACCUACUGUGGGCAUACUUGCAGUAUGCAAACAUCAGGAAAUGUUCUUAUUGAGCCAGAAAUGUGCUCCGAAGCUGACAAUUUUUAAAACUCUGUCAGACAAAGUUUCGGCGUACAGAUACACAUAGAGCGAUGCAACUGAGAACACUAACAGUAGGCCUACGCUAGCGCAAAUAGUUCCUGGAAAGAAAAGACUAUAAUUAUUUGUUUGCUGAUUGCAUAAGUAAUGUGAAUAACACGAUUUAAACAAGUUUUCCAAUUUUGUACUGAACAAUCAUCAAAUAAUUAAUUAUAACUUGUUCUAUCAUAGAAAAGAACUGUUAAUGAAAACUGUGAUCACUUGGCUAUGUCCCGCAUAUGUAAACACUGUAAACAUUCGAAAGUACUAGUUUCGUAAGACUGUUUAGGUUUGCUGAAGAAAUGUUAUGAAAGUAGCAAUACAAAUGAGUUGUAGUGAAUUUUUGCAACAGACGAGCUCACAGUAGGUAUAUCUAUGCAUUUUGCUGCGAGAACGUGCCAUUUUAAUGCUGGAAUGGUUUUACCUAUGUGUGCAAUUCAUUCACAGUGGACAGAUUCAUGUUAAUAUGAACAAUGGCAUGUCACACUGUUUUCAUUAUUUUACCUGGUGACUCUUUCAUUAUGAUUUUGUACAUUACAUUUUGUACAUUUUGAUUUUGUAGUUAUAUUUGAGCUCAAAACAACUGUACAAAGAAUAAAGUAUACGCAAACGUUACGAA